GAAAAUCGGCGUCAGCAGCAUAUUGUUGCAAGUUGACUGACUAGUCUAGUAAAACAUUUAAAAUCCGCAACGGUAGUCCAAGUAUCAUGCUCUCGAAUACGAAUGGACUUGACAACUAUGCACUCAACCCUUAUAAAUUCUAGAGGCUGGAGGAGAGUGUGUUGUCUGAAGAGAAGAGGCUGACAGUCCGAGGCGCCUCCCCUGAAGACCCUCCUACGUGUUUACCUGCACGAGUCCGAGAGAUCGUCACCAAGAACCUCAACGAGAGCCCACCAGGAGCCAUGUCCUCAGUGAUGUCAGUCCAGGAGGAGAACCGGGUGCUGCAGGUAGAGCUGGGAAGGCUGGAGGAUCUGCUGGCCCAUAGCAGGGCGGACCGAGAUGAGCUGGCUAUCAAAUACAGCGCCAUCAGCGAGAGGCUAGAGCAGGCACUCCGCCUGGAGACAGGUGACGGGGAGCGGGAUUCACCAGAGUCUCGCAGCCAGGCUCAGCAGAACAUGGACCUGCGCCGGCGUCUGGACGAGGAACAGGCAGCCUACAAGCGUAAACUCACAGCCUACCAGGAGGGCCAGCAAAGACAGGCUCAGCUGGUGCAGAAACUGCAGGCUAAGGUCCUGCAGUACAAGAAGAGGUGUGGAGACCUGGAGCAUACUCUAGUGGAGAAGUCCUCGGAGCUGGAGCAGCACAGACUGAGUGGUCGUUGUGAUAUGUCCAGCAACAGCCACCAUCGAGACGAGGAGGAUCCGUGCGGCGACCUGGAAAAUGCUCUCAUCCGGUUGGAGGAGGAGCAGCAAAGGAGCAGCAGUCUGUCUGCAGUGAAUGCCAUGCUGAGAGAGCAGUUGGAGCAGGCAGGACUGGCCAAUGAGGCACUCAGCCAGGACAUACGCAGACUCACUGCUGAUUGGUCCAAAUCCAGGGAGGAGCUGGAGCAGAGGGAGUCUGAUUGGAGGAGGGAGGAGGAAUCUUUCCACAGUUAUUUCAGCAGUGAGCACAGUCGUCUGCUAUCUGUAUGGCGACAGGUGGUGGGCUUCCGUAGACAGGUCUGUGAGCUGAAGAGCGCCACAGAGAGGGACCUGUCAGACAUGCGUAACGAGCUGGCCCGGGCCUCCCACUCUGUCCAGUCGUCCUGCUCCGGGCUGUCCUCCACGCUGCGCAGCCGGGAGGGAGGGGCGGCUCUGGCUCUGGAGCGGGAGGUGGCGCUGCGGGGGCAGCUGGAGCUGCAGCUCAGAGAACGGGUGGCUGAAAUGAUGAGCCUGCAGACCAGGACUGAUGCUGAAAGGGCUGAGCUCAACGCCAGGCUGUCAGAUGCAGUGCGAGAGGUGGAGAGGCUGAAGGGCCAGAGUGAGGAGAAAGACAGAGAUGUGGCCUCACUGACCAGGAGACUGGAGGAGCAGAGUGGCAACGAUGAGACAGACAUGCAGGUGAUGAGGGCUCAUACUGAAACACUACUGGACACACUGAGAGACAUUGCCCAGACUGUCCUAUCCGAUGGGGACUCGUCAUCAGAAGCAGACCAGGAGAACACUGGGGCUCCUCUAUUGGCUCUUCUCCGUGGCUCCUCCCCUCACCGCUCAUCAUCACCAUGGGGAUCCACCUCUCCCAGGCGUUACUCCUUGUUGGCCACCGUCCCAGAGGCCAGCCUGUCAGCUCUGCGGUCUGCUGUCAACAGCAGACAUCUCCAGCUGCAGGAGGUCCGAGGGCGUCUGUCCUCUGCCCAGUCAUCAGUACAAUUGCUGCGCAGGCAGCUAGCAGAGGCGGAAUCAGCCAAGCGGGAGGCGGAACAGCGCAGUCAGACCCUGCAUGGAGAGAGGGAUGGAGUUCAGAGAGAGAAGGACACCACACAGAGAGAGAGAGACCGUCUGAAACAAGACAGGGACACACUGGCUAGUGAGAAGGUGGCUGUGGAGAAGGCAGCCCAGGCAGCUCUGAUCAAGGCCCAGAUUCUGCAGAUGGACUGUGAGAAGCUGCAGCAGGCCGUGACGUCGGCCCAGAGAGAGAGGGAUCACGAGAGAGAGGAGAAGGUGGACGCGCUGCAGGAGAGAGACCGGGCCAAGGCAGAGACCGACAGAGUUCAGAAGCAGUGGGAGCAGAGUGAGAGCCGGGCAUCUGUCCAGAGAGGGGAGCUGUCUACAGUGAGAGAGACUCACCACCAGGCAGAGGUGGAGAGGCAGCUGCUGGAAGGAGAGAAGACCCAGCUCACUGAGGCUUUGGCCCGUGCUGAGAGCAGUAAUGCAGAGCUCUCUCUGCUGGUCAACAAGCUUCACUCUGAGGAGGCUGCCCUCCGAGACUCUCUGGCCAAGAUGGGCAGCAUGAAUGAGGGCCUGGCCCAGGACAAGUGUGACCUCAACUCCAUCAUCAGCCAGCUUGAAGAGGAGAAGGCCUACCUGCAGGCCCAGAAACAUGAAGCGGAGCAGGAGAAGAUGACCAUCAGAGAUGAGCUCGUCCGAUUGGAGCAAGACAGGCUAGAGUUGGACUCCGCCCGCCUCGCCCUCCACCAGUCCUUGCAGGAGUCUGAGCUGAGCAGGGUGGGGAUGGAGGCGGAGCUUCAGAGCCUCAGGGCCGAUAGAGUGAAGCUGCAGGACAAAGUCACUCAGCUGUGUGGCGAGGUGAGCUCUCUGGGGGCGGAGUUGGGCAUGGCCCGCGGUGAGGAACAGAGACAGGGCGUGGCUCUGGAGGAAGUAGGGCGGGGCCGGGCGGAGCUGGUCAGGGAGAGGGCGGGGCUAGUGGUCCAGCUGACUGCAUCGGAGAGAGAGAACGCCACACUAACAGAGGAGUUGGCCGCAUUCAGGUCAGAGCGGGAGGCCUUGGAGACCAGCCUGUUUGAGGUGCAGCAGCAGCUGGUUCAGCUAGAGUUUCGCAGAGAGCAGCUAGAAGCAGAGAACCAGAGCCUGCGGCUACUCAGGGAGACCACCACCGCGGAGCUGAGGCGUGUGCGUGCGGAUGGGGAGAAUGUGCUGGCGCAGAGUGAGAGGGAGAGAGAGGCUUUGAGCCAGGCCCUGACUACCACCCAGCAGGAGUCCCAGCAGGCCCUCCACACCGCCAUCACUGACCACCAGGAGGAGGCAGAGAGACUGACCGCUGAGAAGGAGGCCCUGCGUCGCAGUCUGGAGUUUGAACAGGAGGGGGCACUGCGACAGGUCAGACAGGAGGCAGAGGAGCAGCUCCUCAGAGCCGAGAGAGACCGGGAGGACCUGAAAGAUGAAGUGAGGAGUCUGCAGCACGACAGAGAUCAGAGUCUGCUACAGGCAGAGACAGAGAAACAACAGAUGCUGUCCCAGAAGGAGGCAGAGAAAGCGGUGCUGUCUGAGAGAGUGUCCAUCCUGCAGGCAGAGCUGGGUACUGCAACCCUGGAGCUGGACAGACUGGCCAGAGAGGCAGCGCAUUACAAAGAACAGGAGAGGGCCACAGUGGGAGCUCUGACCAGUGAGUUACUGGAGCUUCGCUCUCAGCUGGAGGAGGCUGGCAGUGUUCAUGAGCGGGAGCUGCACCGGUUGCAGGAGAACAGCUCUGACCUACAGACACAUACUGAUGCUGCCCUCAAAGAGCUGGAGGAGUGCAGAGCUUCUCUCUCAGCCAGUGAGGAGAGCCGAGACCAGGUGAGGCGGGACAUGCUGGAGAUGGACAGGCGCCUCAACCAAACCCGUGACACCGGGGAGGGGUACAGAAGGGAUGGGGUAGAGCUACGGCGCACCCUCACUGAUGUCACCAAGGAGAGAGACACACUCAGCUUAUCAAAUACCCAGCUGAGGGAGACUCUGAAAAGUGCAGAGACUGAGAGAAUCAGUGUGAAGCGUCAGUGUGAGGAGAAGGAGCAGCGGCUGGCUGUUCUGGAGGAGAGCCUGUCAUCUGCACAGAGAGAGGUGACGGAGCUCCGCAGCUGUCUGAGAGAGGUGGAGAGGUCACGGCUGGAGGCCCGGAGAGAGCUGCAGGAGCUACGCAGACAGGUGAAGGUACUGGAUGGAGAGAAGGAACAGAAAGGGAGGGAGGUGGCUGAGUUGCAAACGCGUCUCUCCCUGGAGGAGCAGAGAGAGGAGGAGAGAGGGCGGGAUAUCUUCUCUCUCAAACAGAAGCUGGCCGAGGCUGACACAGCCAGGACUUCCAUCAAGAAAGAGCUGUCCAUCCUCCAGAGGCGUCUGACAGAGUCAGAGUCAGGCUGGCGGGGAUGUGAGAGGGAGCUGACGACCCAGCUUCAGGAUGCCCGGGGCUGUGAGAAGAAGCUCCAGGAUGAGGCCAGGAACCUGUCCCUGCGGGCCCAGACAGCCCAGGACUCCCUCACCCAAUCCAGCCUGCAGCUCAGCGAGGCCCAGGGCCGCCUGGCUGCCACCGAGGUAGAGCUGGCCCGGGCCGAGGCCGGACGCAGGGAGCUGGAGUUCCGUCUGGGCAGCUUGCAGUCGGCACUGACCCGUACGCUGGGCAUUGGGGCGGGGGGCCGGAGAAGUGCCAGUGGGGGCAGGGGCAGGAGCCCCAGAGGGAGCCCCCCAGCAGCAUCCUACAGCAGCAUUACACGUCCACGCAGCCUCUCGCCCCUACGCUGCUCACUUUCACCCCCUAAAGAUUUUGGAGGCUCGACCCCUGACAACACGUUGUGCUGCUCAAGGCCUAUCUCCCCAGAGCAGGGUGACACCCCCCUCCCCAUGCCCCUGCCUGAGCUGGACCCUGAGACGCUGCGCUGCGGCCUCAGAGACUUCCUCCAGGAGCUCCGAGAAGCUCAGAGAGACCGGGACGAGGCUCGCUGCCAGUUGGGGGCGCUACAGAGAGAGUUGGAGGAGGUGACAGGGGAGAGAGACUCCGCCCAGAACCGCCUCUCUCAGCUACACAACACACUGCAGGAGUGCCAGGAGGGUAAGCGUGGUGUUGACGGGCGUCUGAGCUCGACCCAGGCCAUGCUCCAGCAGCAGGAGGAGACGGUGAGGAGGGGAGAGAGGGAGAGGAGAACCCUCACUGACAGAGUCAAGGAGCUGGAGAGAGCCCUGCAGACUGCCGAGACGGAGAAAAAACACACACAGGACCAGUUGAGUAAGCAGCGUGCGGGCGAGGUGCGUCUGGAGGCUGAGCGGAGGCGUCUGCGGGAGGCCCUGGAGGCUGCCGAGGCCCGGGGGACCAGGGUGGAGCUGGGGAGACGCAGCCUGGAAGGGGAGCUGCAGAGACUCAAACUGAGCCUGGGGGACAGGGAGGCCGAGAACCAGGCCACCCAGGAGCGCCAUGAUGCACUAGUCAAACAGGUGGCGGAGGGGGAGAGCUGUGUGACGUCGCUCCAGAGAGAGUUGGACAGGCUAAGCCAGGCUUUGUCUAAAGCCCAGGAGGGAGAGGUCUGUCUCAGAGAGAAGAACCAGAGCCUUUCCCAGAGCCUCCAGGAGGCCACCGUUUCCCACAGCGCCACCCAGGGGCGCCUUGUCGCACUGCAGAAGACCCUGGGGCUGGCCGAGCAGGACCGCAGGCAUCUACAGGAGCGAGUGGAUGGAGCGCGGGCGUCCCUGACGGACGGGAAGAGAGACAUGACGGCCCUCACUGAGCGCGUCCAGAGCCUACAGACUGAGCUGACUCAGAGCGACCUGAGACGAGGAGAGCUGGAGGCAGAGCUGGCUCACACACAGGAGGCCCUGCGUCAGCGGUCUGCCAGUCUGACAGAAGCCCAGCGCAGUGCCCAGUCUGCCCAGACAGAGAGGGUGUCUGCAGAGGAGAGGCUGCGGGGGCUGCAGAGGGCUGUGGCCAUGCUGGAGACAGAGAAGAAGGAUGCAGAGAGACAGGCCGUCCGCCUGGAGAAGGACAAAAACGCACUGAGAAAUACACUGGACAAGGUGGAGCGUCAGAAGCUAAAGACAGAGGAGGGCAGCAUGCGUCUGUCUGCAGAGAAAGGCCGUCUGGAUCGCUCCCUCACCACCGCAGAGCAGGAACUGCAGGACGCACAGAGACAGAUAGCACUGUUACAGGCCCAGCUGGCUGAGAUGGAGCAGUCCCACAAUGUGAGUGAGAGCUCUGUGAGGCAGCGUGACGAGGUGAUGCGUGAGGCGGAGAGGCUGAGGGUCGCCCAGAGGGAGGGAGAGAGGACCCUGGCCGCCCGGGAGAGAGCCCACCGCCACCGGGUCAAAGGGCUGGAGGAGCAGGUGUCCACUCUGAAGGAGCAGCUGCAGCAGGAGAUGAGGCGGAGGCAGCCAUCUCUACCCACCUCCCUGAUGUCUGGGGGGAACUGAGCACUGAGCAGUUCACCUGUGUCCCUCCAUGGGUACUAAAGCCCACUAACAGCGCCAUGAACCAAUAUACAAUCAUCAUCUCCUUUUAUUUGACACACGCCUCUCCUACUCAGGGAGAAAGUCAGCGACACCACGGGAGGAGACUGUGGAUGAUAGAAGUGUCAUCCAGUACAACAGAGGAGGAAUGAGAUCCUCAGCUGCCAGUAUACAGUUGGCCUGGAUUCCCUCCCACACACACACCAGCAGAACAGAAUACAAAGGGAGAACCGAGUCUGAGUCACUGUUUGAGCACUAGGCAACAAAUUGAUCGGCCAUAUGAAGGAACUACUGUACUGUCCAUCUUGCUAGUAUUUGGUUGAGAUUGAACCAACUAUUUUGUCUGGACCAAUAGACACUAUUAUAUGUAGAGCACAUGAUGUGAAGUAUUUAUGUGCUGUAUGUAUAUCAGUUUGUGAUAUACAAACACACAGGAUCUAUCAUGGUCCACACACACAGGAUCUAUCAUGGUCCACACACACAGGAUCUAUCAUGGUCCACACACACAGGAUCUAUCAUGGUCCACACACACCAAGUCGUGAAGAGGGCACGACAACACGUCUUCCCCUCAGGAGGCUGAAAAACUGUGGCUUGGGCCCUCGGAUCCUCAGAAAGUUGUACAGCUGAGCAACUGAGAGCAUCUUGACUGGCUGCAUCACCGCUUGGUAUGGCAACUGCUUGGCAUCUGACCACAAGGCGCCACAGAGAGCAGUGUGGAUCGCCCAGUAAAUCACUGGGGCCGAGCUCCCUGCCACCCAGGACAGAGGAAGGCCCCAAAAAAUGGUCAAACAAUUCAGCCACCCAAGUCAUAGACUGUUCUCU